AUGUCGCAUGCAAAGACACGCACGUUUGCCGAAUUGGUUUCCCAGGUUCCUCAGGCUCUCCCUGAGGUCUCGAUACCAUUCAGGCCUCCAAAAUGUGUUGAAGGUGAGUUCUUUGUGCAAUUUACUAAGGAGGAGUUGGAUCGUUCGGCUGUUCCUUUUCGGUUCUCUAUGGUUUUAAAAUUCUUAAGACAAAGACCUUCUUUGGAUCGCAUCAGAGGGUUCAUUCAUAGCAGAUGGGGAUUAACGAAUCAGCCAGUCGUUUCAGCUAUGCGGAAGGCUCGGAAUGUCUUUGUGCGAUUUUCAGAUGAAGAUGAUUUCUUGAAAUCAUUGUCCCGUGAAAGCUGUGAUAUUGAAGGGGUUGCUUAUAGACCCUUUCAAUGGUCUACUGAUUUUACUGAAGAUGACGAACCAUCAUUGGUUCCAGUUUGGAUCAUGUUGCCCGGAUUACCUCCAAAUCUUUAUCAAGAAGCGUUCUUGCGGAAUAUAGUUGCACCGAUUGGAAUCUUUUUAAGGAGAGAUAAUGCGACACGCUGUGCAACUCGUACCGAUGGUGCAAGGGUGUGUGUUCUAAUGAAUAUCGAUCAUGAGCUGAUUCAUUCCAUUUGGAUUGGGACACCGAGACAUCCUACAAGCAUUUUCCAAGAAAUUGAGUAUGAAACACUGCCUGCAUUUUGUUCCGUGUGCAAGGUGCAAGGGCAUAACGUAAAGACAUGUAAGGCAAACAAGAAAGAAGGAAAGAGCAGCAAGAGUUUGAAGGUGAUUAAGUCAAGUAAAGUCUGGGUGCCAAAAGAUAAAGAAGAUGAUGCGAAGACUACAGAUCAUUCGGAGAAAACCACAGAGUCCCCUGUUUUGGCAUUGGAAGAUGUUGAGAUUGAGGUGCCGGUCUUGGAUGGUGGCAAGGAUGUAGGGAAGUCGAAGUUGGGGUCUGAGAGUGUUAUCGAAGAAAUGGAGGCCCCCGAGCAGAGGUUGAUCUGUGGAGAGGCUAGCGGGACUUUACCAGCGGAGGAGUUGGUCUUUUUACCAAUAAUAACUCAGGAGCUGUCUGCUGGAGUUGGUGGCCAUUUAGAACCCAGAAGGGAGGAAUUCAUCGAGCCAAUUCCAAUAGUGGAUGUUGCUGUGCAGAAAGACGAUGCUGUAGUGGGUGGCCAAUUAGAACCAAGAAGGGUGGAAUUCAUCGAGACAUCAUCUGUAGCGGAGGAUGCUAUGCAGCUAGAGUCCAAAAUUGACUUGGUGUCAAGCGGGAAUAUCCCAGUAGCAGAAGGAGAGGUGCAGAUAGACACGGUAGAUUUGCAGAUGGAGUCCAAAUCUGAGGAUGAAGAACCGUUUAGGGAUGAUUCUCAGUUGAAUUAUUGGAAGACGUUUCUUGAAUUUGAUGAGUAUCUUUCUAAUGCAAAUCAGAUGUUUCCUCAUGUGAUUAUUGGGGAUUUUAAUGUCAUUUGUAAUGAUAAUGAAAGAAGAGGGGGAAAUCCUAGGAUGCUUAUUGCUAUGGAGGAUUUUUGUUCCUUUAUUGAUGAUGGCAGAUUUGUUGAGAUGCCUUUUUCAGGUAAUGGCUUUUCUUGGUGCAACGGUCGAUUAGGAAUGGCGUGUUCAUGGGCUAGACUGGAUAGAGCUUUAUGUAAUUCCAAGUUUAAGGAUCUUUAUCCGUCAGGUAGAAUUCAAUAUCUUCCUAGGAGGACUUCAGAUCACUCCCCUAUGGUGGAGGUUAAUGGUACGGGUUUGUGGAAGCUAGCUGCUAAAUUGAAGAGGUUAAAAUUGGUUCUUAAAUCUUGGAACAAGGAAGUGUUUGGCUGGACAGGAAAGCAUAUUAAAGAGUUAGAAGCUAAAGUGGAGGAAGGUGAAUUAAGACUUCAAGAAUGUUACUCAGAGGAUGUAGAAGCUGAUGUUUUAGCGAACAAGGUUGAGCUUGAUGUCUGGUUACAAAGGGAAGAGUCUCGUAUUGCUCAACAAGUUAAACAAAAGUGGGUAUCGCAAGGUGAGGUUUCGACUGCUUUCUUUAAAGCUUUGCAGAAUAACAAACAUAAUAUGGUAGUAGAAAUGAAGCUCUCUGAUGGCAGAGUGCUUAACUCGCCUGAAGAUAUCCAUGAGGCUGCGUGUGUUUAUUUUGAGGAUUUCCUCAAAGCUAAAGCAACCAGUUCUGUGCCAGAUCUGGUUGGGUUAAUUUCUGAGGAAGUUUCGGAGGAGGAAAAUCAAUUUUUUGGUAGUAUUUCGUCGGUUGGGGAAGUAAAAGAUGCACUUUUUUCUAUUCCGGUGGAUAGUAGUCCGGGGCCGGAUGGAUUUGGCUCGGGUUUUUUUCAGCAUUGUUGGUCCUUGGUGUAUCAAGAUUUAUUGGAAGCAGUUAGUGAUUUUUUUGGCGGGGCUGUCUUACCAAGGUCUUCAGUUUCGGAAAUUGUCGAAGUUCUUCGUAUUUAUGCUGAGUGGUCUGGUCAACAGUUCACGGAAGGGGUGUUCCUGGUCAAGUACUUAGGGGUGCCUAUUGUUUCAAGUAGAUUGAAGUUAAUUCAUUUUCAGGAUGUUAUUCAAAAAAUUCGAAAGAAGAUUAAAGGUUGGAAGCAUCCGAUUGAGCUUAAUCCAUCGAGAGGCUCUAGGUUUUGGAAAGCUAUUGUAAAAGAAAUUCCUGUUGUUCUUUCACGUUCCAGGUGGAAGAUUAGGGAGGGGAACGUGUCGUUCUGGAGAGACAAUUGGCUAAAUUCUGGUCCACUUAUGGAGCAGUAUCAGAUGGUGGGUGAUCCGGAAUUGAAGGUGAAAGAUUGUAUGAUUAAUAAUAAUUGGGAUAUGGAGCAACUUGAGCAGCUAGUAGGGUCUGAUAAAAUGGAGGAUAUUGUCAAUGAAGUUAGUAGUAGGAGGAAGGGUAAGGAUCAGCUUAUUUGGUUGGAAAAUUCGGAUGGGUCUUUCACGACCAAAACUGCCUGA